CUCAAUCUCGUGGCAUAGCAUUGUUGUGUGAAUAGUAUUCUUCAAUGGGUAUCACCAUCUGCUCUUAGAGACCCUUUGGAAACAAGAUCCCCAUAAGUGCCUUAUUUCGAGAGGUUUUUCGUCACGCGACUACCCCCAUGGCUUUCAAGCAGGUACGCAAUCGGACACCCCUCUUCCGUCCGUGGGCUUUGGGGGAUUCCCUGAGAAAAUCAGCAACUGAAGAAGUAUCGUCCAGCGAUUUGUGGGCGCCAUCAGCAUUCAAGUUGAAGACCAAGCAGCAUCAGACGACGACUGUGGAACCCGUGAUGGCUUUCCAAGUGACUCAGCCUCACUGGGACAUCUCAUCUCAUCAACUAAACCACCUUCUAAAGCAACCCAAGACCAAAAAGCAAAGGCCCAAGAGAUUUCAGUGUCCUCACUGCCAAGUGUCUUUCAGCAAUAAUGGACAGUUAAAAGGACACGUUAGAAUCCACACAGGUGAACGACCCUUUUCUUGUGAUCAUCCAGGAUGCGGGAAGACGUUCACGAGGAAUGAAGAGCUGACACGUCACAAGAGAAUUCACACAGGUGUCCGUCCCCAUUCGUGUGUUCUGUGCGGCAAACGUUUUGGCAGAAAAGAUCACCUCAAGAAACACGUGAAAACGCAUCAGAGAAUGCAUUAUUUAUUAGAUUAUGCUCCUUAUUACCUUUAUUGAAUUAAAAAUAUAGUGUGAAUGUGUGUGUACAUAUCAGCGUUGCAAAUAUAAUUACUAUUUUGAUAUAUAUAUAUAUAUAUACAUAUGUGUGUGUGAAAAUAGAGAAAUGUAUUCUUUUAUACAGAUUCGGAAAAAUAAAAUAGAGAUAUAGUUUGUUUACGGUAAGAAUUCUCCCCUCCACAAAGUUUAAGGCCGUCUGCUGCUAUGGAAACAAGAAUAGAGCAUUUCAGGGAGGGUAGCUUCUCUUCAUUCUAGGGCUAACACAGUACACCGAAGAAAAAGAUUCAUUUUCUCUUUGCCUACACGAGCUAAAACUUGUUUCAUGCCGUACUUGAAAUAGUUAUACCUCGUUACCAUAGUCCCCGCCACGGAUCCAGACGAAUGGCUAGGAUAGUUCUUACUUUAGACAAACUAUACAUAUGUUGAUGGACGCCAAAACACGUGCUUGUUAUGUCUUUUUCCGAAUGUUUAAUAUAGUGUAGAUUUUUCAGGGAAAAUAUUCUCCAAUAAAAUGCUCAGUUGAUUUUAAAAGCCAAUUUUUUUUUAAUUAAUUUAUUUAUUUUUUAAAAAAAUUCGAAAUACAAAGCAUUUUAUACUGUAAAAAAUAUUGUUUACAUCACUAUCUUGGAAUGUAUAAGAAUGAAUGAGUAAAACAAAGCUCGAUGUACUGUUUCUUUGGAUCUAAACUCAUUUUUAACCAAUUGUAUCAUCAUUAUUGAUUAUGUAUAGAAAUUAAGGACAUCAAUUCAUUACCAUUUAGUAUUUUGUAAGGACACUAGACAUUUCAGAUUUGGUAAGGCUAUUUCUGAUACUACAUGAUAUGCAUUUUUAUUAAAGACGAAAAUAGUAUGAAUCAAUAAGGACUAAAAUUAUUAUACAAUUAUUAGCAUUUUUUUAUUUUCUGGAAUAAAAUCUAGCACACAACAUCAAUAAUAAAGAGUAAAGAAAUUAUAAAGAUUGAUUAUAAUUAUCAAAAAUUGCAAAUUUUUGCAUGAUUUUUCGAAAAUAUUAUUUAAUAAAUAGAAUAUUUCCCUAAUAUAUUUCUCUAAUAGUUCGCGUUUGUUAAGAACAUAUCAAUAUUCUUAUUUCGCUUGAAGAAAACUUACACAAAUUAAAGUCCUCAACACAGAGGAAAAUUUCUUGAAGUACAAUAUUCUAGCUUCAUAAAAAAAUUCUAACAUAAAAUUAAAUAAAUUAUAGAGAUUUAUUUUGUUUCAGAUUCACAUUAAAGGUUUUUUAUCACUAAAUAUUUAAUUAAAUCAUUAUUUUGUUUAAACUGUUUAUUGAUUUAAUGAUAUGCCCUUUUACAUUUAAUCAAAUCAGAUAUAUAUUUUUAGAGGGAAGAUCAUAUUUUAAAACAGGAAUCAGGUUCAAUAUAAUUCAUAUGCCUUUUUAAAAAUCAGAUACAAAACUAAUUCACUUUAACGCAGCACUAUGAUCUAAGCAUGUAUGAUGAAGUCAAAACUUUUGAUGGUGUUCCAUUGAUCUUGAUGGUAACCAUCAAUAAUUCCAUCAUGAACUAAAAUAAUUUUGAUGGUAGCCAACAUAAUACCCCAAUGUAGGAAUUCGGUCUGAUUUAUGAUGGUCCAGCAUAAGAAUAGCAACUUGUUUUGAUAGUUUGCCUAUGUUAAACCAUCAGAAAUUUCCAUCAUAGUUUCUCAGAAAUAAAAUGUUGGAACGAUCAUGAGCAACCAUUUUCCCAAUGUAGGAAUUUGGACUGAUUUAUAAUGGGUCAACAUAGGAAAAAAACCCAAAUUGUUUUGAUGAUAUAUUCCUGAGAACCAACAAGAAUUCUUAUUAAACCGUCAUGGAAAUGUAUAAUUGAAAUCAUCAUGGACCAUUACGUAUAAUCAUGGUUCCAUGAGAAUAAAACUUUUCUUGAUGGUUAUCCAUCAUAGUAUUAAAGAAGCAUUUUCCAUCAUGGAAUGAUGGAAGUUUGCUGACAUAUCUAAAACUAUGAAUGCAUAAUGGAAAAUAUUGAAUGAUGGCGACCUUCAAAAUGAUGUUGGACUAUCAUGAAUCGCACUGAAACCAACAUAAACCAUCAAGACUUGGGAUGAGAUCUUUUCUUCAUAAUGGGAGCUGAUUAAAAAGAGCCCUUCGAAAUACAUGAUGUUUAAAAACCUGAUGACAACUGUGUUUGAUAAGCAAAUAAAUUUUGUCACGUUUUUUGAAAUGCUUAUAUAUUAACAAUUAUUUAUACGCAUUUAAAACUGUAUUUUUAAAUGUAUAUUUUUUUUUUGCCAUGUAAAUACAUUAUAUAUUGUCAAUAUACUUAUACACCCAUUACUUAUUU